UAGAUAUUGCAAAUUUUCAUUAAUCAUUUUUUGUUAAUCACGGAUGGACCCCUGUAAUUAUUAUUUAUAUAACGAGGGUAAGUUUAAUAAUGGCUAGUGACUUAUCAAGUGGAUGUAACGAAUCUCUCGAAGUUUUGGAUGAGAAAGAGGAAGGUGAAAUAUCUUUGGAAGAUGUGAGCUCUUCCGAGGAAGGGCACAUUAGUUAUGGAUAUGGGAUCAAAAUUGAAAAAUGUAUUAAUUGUCUUUCCACUCAACGUUGUGCGCCAUGGUGCACUUCUGCUAAAUAUUACCAUCACAAGAGUUCUAUUAGAAAAGAUACAGUCCAAGAAAAGGAAAAUAGACAUUAUGCAAAAGAUUCAGGAUCAGCAGGAGUCAAACAUUCUGUCUCAACGUUACAAGAAAAAAAUGACGAUCUUGUACCUAUUUCUAGUGAUAGCGAUAUGGAAAUUGUUGGUCUUGCGGAUAAUUCUCAACAAAAGCAUUCUAUGCCGAGAUAUAGAAGUAAGAAAAAGAAAAAAAAGGAAAGGAAUCACGUUUCCAGCACCGAUAAUGAUAACUUGGUUUCUUCGUCCUCGACGAUAAGUGUAGUUGUAGGAGAGACCACGUUAAAACAUGACAAUGACAAUUCUAAAGUAGAUCGUUUGUCAAGAUCUCAUCGUAGAGAUUUAAGUCCAUUGCAUAGGAGAUCAAGAAUAAGUAAUAAAUCUCCAAGUAGAAGACGCAGAUCAUCAACGUGGUUCAAAAUGCCUUAUAGAAAAUCAAAAUCGCCCAUCAUGCGUAGCAGAUCGCCGGUGGUGUUGAGAGAAUCACCACGUAGACUUAGAUCUCCAAAAAGAUCCGUACACCGAUCACCUAGUAGCAGAGCGAUAUCAAAAAAGAUGUCGAAAAAAGAACAGUUGCCUUCGUCCGAUGCUUUUAAUGACAAUGCCUAUGGCGAUGUAAAUAAAUUAUUAGAGAAAGUAAGACUUUUAGAUUCUAUUAGAGUUCGUGUUCAAGAGGAAAAUGUUAAAAGUAAAGAACACUGUCCGUCAUUGAAAAAGAAAUUGUCGAAUAUGAUGAAAGGUAAGUCAGACAAUAACGAUAAUGUAACUAAUUUUACCAAAGAGAAGAUGGUUACGUAUAUGAAAGUGAAAAAUGAUGCCGACGACGAAGAGGAUUUAGCAUUGUUGAGACAAAAAGCAUUAGAAACUAAACAAAAACGUAACGAGAAAAACAAUGAACAACAACAGAUCAAAACAGAAUCUGAAAGUAAAACGUCCAGUUAUGUCAAUGAUCAUAACGAAGAAGAUUUAACAUUACGUAUGUUAGCAUUACGCUCUGCAGUAUUGAAUAAACAUAAAAAUAGAGUAGAAAGAGGGAUAAAGACUAAAAAACAUGAUAGCUCCUCUAUUUCACGUAGUAAAAGUCCAUUUGAUCAGAGCUUUUUGGAUAGUAUAUCUAUACCUGGUGAAACACAUGUUGAUUCGUUGCCACCACCACCACCAGCUGCUACUGAAAUGCUUUUUCCUUCUAAUGAAAUGAUGCAUACCGAAGAUAUGGAACUAGAUACCGAUAUUGAACAGGAAAAAGAAAAAAUGCCAUAUUCUCCAACGGACAAUAUUACCAAUGAUAUACCAAUAGACACACACCUUUUAGGAAUGCAAACAUCUGAUGUUUCGUUUAUUAAUCUUAACAAAAGAACUAAUGGUUCACCUUUCGAUAAUACAAAUAAUCAAUUGGAACACGGUGCUUUAAGAACAGGUAUUAUUGAAAACAAAAGCUAUUUAUCGAAUAUGAUUAAUUGUGCAAAUACUGAAAGUACAUUUUAUGACAUAAAUACAGAUGCUCCUUAUUCUCCAUCUGAUUCCAUUGAAACUAGCAAAUCUGAUGUUAUUACUGCUAAACAAAGUAACGAAUACAUUUCUACCUCUCAAUUCAGUGUUACUCAUGGUAAUAUGACUAACGACAUAUCUAGUACCAAUGUAAAUGUAAAUGAUAUGGCAAUGGAUAUUAGUAUGGGUCAAGAGAGACCUUAUUCACCAACCGAUGCUCCUAUAUAUGACCCUGAUCUAUCCCAAACGCUUCCAUUGACACAAACAUCUUUUUCAAAAACUUCAAACAAUUUAAUGUCAUCAGCAAUGUACGAUCAUUCUUAUGAAAAUGUGAAUAUAUUGAAAGGAGAAAAUCAACAGGAAAAAGAACAAGUUAACGAGAUGGAGAAUUUAAUAACAAGAAAUCAAAAUGAUUCUUCGCAUUUCUUUGAAGAAGGUUCUUCUUUAUCUCCCAAUGAUUCAAUGGUAACGAUUGAUGAUCUUUCAAAUGCAGACCAAGUUGAUCCAGAAAUAUGUUUAUCUUCAAACUUGGGAAAUAAGGAUAAUAUGAAUAACAAUCCAACUGACAAAGAUACGAAAUUAACUGAAGAACCGCUCUAUAUGCAUGGUGUUCCAGAUGUUACCAAAGAUAUCAAUAAAAUUCCUACUCUUAUUAAUAAAACAUUGGUUCCUGCGACAAUAUUAAAAUCAAAUAAACAAUUGCAGCAACCAUGGCCUAUGAAAAAGCAUGAGAAUUAUAUUGAACCAACAUUUAAAAGUGCCGAAAUGCAACCUAUUCCAAUGGAUGUUAAUGUCAAUACAAAAUUAACCACUCAGUUCAAACCUAUGAAGCUUACGUCUGUUGUAAAAAAACCACAAACAAUAUUAACUACACCUGUAGCAUUUAAAAAUUGUUUAAGUGACGAGAGUAUAACUGAAGACACUCAUAGACUUUCUUCAUCAAAAGAACAAGAAACUAGUUCUAAUACUUCAUUGAAUAAGUCAGAAAUAAAUGUUCUUAGUAAUAUUACAGAUUUGUUACCUAAGAAAAGGAAACGUGAAAGAAGAAGAAGAAGUAAAAGAAAGAAUAAUAAUAGUAUUGAAAAUAUUACAAUAACAAUUUCUAAUGAAAAUACAAAGAAAUUGGAGAAUAAUUGUGGUGCAUCGGAAGAAACAAAUGUAACUGUGACGAGUGUGGAAAGUGAAUUACCAUCUAAUGAUAUUCACAAAGAACAAAAUAAUACAUCUGAUGUAGCAAUUCUCAAUGAUUCUGAUAAUGUGAAAUUAACUAAAUUGAAUCAGGAAAGUCAUUCACAUUUAUCUAAUAAAAUAGAAAAAGAUAAUAAUGUACAACAUCUUAUAAAUGUGGAGAGCAAUAAUAAUUCGUCGCUUAAUGUAGUAGAGAACAGAAAUAAAAGAAGACCAAGCAUAGACGAAGAUGAGGAAGAAUUAAGAGCAAGUUUAUUAGCAUCAUUAAAACGUUCAAAAUCUUCAGAUAACAGUUCUUGCAGUAUAUCUUCGGUUACUACAACUGCUACAUUAUCAUCUACCAGUAACGUUCCCCCAGUUAUACAGAAAGUACAACAAAUGGAUAUAGCAAUACCCACGUAUCAAGUUCAAAGUCCUAUACCCCAUUCAUUAUCACAAUCCACAAUUGUAUAUAAUCCUGGAGAUGACAAAAGUCAGCAGGUUAAUUCUGUGUCAAUACCAUCAUCCACUGAUAUCGUAAAAGAAAAUGUUAGUGGCAAUGAUACGACGACGGCUUCUCGUUUAACAUAUAUGACAAAUUGUAAUAAGAAAAGACCACUUCCUUUGUUAAAAGGUCCAACUAAGAAGUAUGUUAAAAAGGUCUCAAUUCCUGCAAGUACAAAAGUUGUUAAUAAUGCUAAAAAAUACCAAAAUACAGUAGUCCAAAAGAAAUUAAUUUUACAAAAAACAAUAUCUAAUUAUAAAGCUGACAAAAUGUUAGAUAAUAAACCAAUCGUUAGUAUAAGGCCUUGUGAAAAUAAAUGGAUAAGUAAUACAAAAGUCAUAUCUUCAGACAUGCAACGCAUUGUGAUAAAUUUAGGAUCUGACUCUGAGGAAAGUGAUUCGGAUUAUGAAAGAUAUCAAAGUAAUUCUAUUUCUAUGUCAAAUUCGAAUAAAGUAGAAAAACGUCCGAUUUUAAAUAUUCCUACGACAGAAUUUGAGAGAAGUGUUGAUCAAUUUUUAAGAGAUGUUAGAAAGAAACAAGAAACUGCAGCAGCUAGCAAACACAUUACUACUACUACUACUAUGGCUUCUUCGCAUAAAGUAACCAAAAAGAAUUUGUCAUCCGGUACGUCAACGGAAAGUAACAUGUCCUCUUCUGUUCAUACACCUUCGGCAGUGCGACAUCUUCCAGUAUCACAGCAAGAAGAGUAUCGUCGAUUGAAACAACAAAUUUUAGAACGUGAAAUAUUACAAAAGAAAAGGACUGCAGAAAGUGGUACUUCUAAGACAACAAACAAUAUUAAUAACACAUCGUCACAUUCCACAAUGUCUGAUAAUUUAAGCAAAGAAGCAUUGCCAUUGUCUAAAGAGAAUCCAGUUGGAUUUGAAAAGACUCAAAAUGUAAAUUUAAAAAUAUCUAUCAAAAAUAAUAACGAAAGAAAUAUCGAGGUGAUUAAAAGGAAUACAAAUUCAUCUUCGACAUCUUCGGUUAUUAUAAAUUCUGAAAAAAAACCACCUUUGCAAGUGAUUGUUUCAAAUCCAUCUAACGCACGAACGUCGUCGAACGAACAAUCAUCCGAUCAAAGUAAUCAAAUAAUGAAAAAAACAACAGAAAGUAAUCAAUCGUUGAUGGUGAAAAGACAAAUAUCAGAAAAUACAAAUCCACAAGAUAGGAAAAAGUGUAAAAUAGCAAAACAACCUUCGUUGAAAGUAUUAACCAUGGACGAAGUCAAUCAUAAAUUUAUACAAAUUCAGAUAAAUCAGCACGAAUCUGAUAGGACAAUAAUGAUAAAUAAUGAAAAAAAACAAGAUGAUAAUAAUGUAAAUAAAAAGAAAGAUGAUAAAAUUGAUGUUGACUUUGGUCAGAAUCAUGCCAAAGAGGACAACAAAAUGAUUAAAGACAAUUAUUUAGAUACUUCUUCUUGUACUGUCUCGAAAGAAAAUGAACAAGAAAUGAGCAAAGACAAGGAUCAAUUAAUUAUGGAAGAUAUGAAUAAUUUGGACACAUUGAAUGUAGAUUUAUCGAUAGAGGAUGAAAAUGUACACAACAAAGAAAUGUAUUUAGAAUUAAAGGAUCAAUUAUUACCACCUACGUUGGUACAAGAUGAUGAAACAGCAGAAAAAGAUACUAAUACAGAUAUAAAUGUAUCCAAUAUUAUUGAAGAAAAUAGUCAUGAAAAUGAUUUAAUAUUAGCAACAAAUGAGAUAGAAAUAAAUGAGAUGCAAGAUUUCGAAGAAUUGAAGAAAGAAGAGGAAAAUAUAGAAAAGGAUGUCACGGAAGAAUUAAAUUCUCUUGUUGAUAGUCCAAAGAUGGAAGAAGGACGACAUUUAAUAGACGCGGAAUACAAAUUAGUUACGGAAAGGUAUAUGGUAGUGGACAAGCUUACUGAAAUGUUAGAAGAUUUACGUGAAUGGAAUAUGGAGAGAAAUUUGAAAAGAAGUUCCGAGGAAGAAAUAAAAAAAUUAAAAGAACAAUUAAGAUUGGCAGAGAUUAAAUUACGGGAACAUGUUAAUAAAAUUAAUAGUAUAGGUCCUAAAGUAAUGGAUGCGCGUAACAAAAUCAAUAAUGGAAGACGAGAAUGUUUUAAAUUGUCAAAAAUCUGUAAAGUUUUAGGCACCAGAGUUAUGGGAGAGCAUUAUGAAAUACCUACAGUUGGAAAAGAUAUUUUAGAGAACAAAUUAAAAGAGGUCAUCAAUCAUUCACGACAAUUUUCCCAAAAGAAAGUACCAUCAUCCUCUGUUCAUGUAUCAGAGAUGCAUACAAAUAUUAUUCCUGAAAAACAGACUGAACCAGAACUUGAAAAUGAACUGGAAUCCGAAUCCCAACCUGAACAUGAACCAGAAUCCGAAUCCCAACCCGAGCCUGAACCUGAAUUCCAUAUUGAACCUGAACCUGAACCUGCAUUUCAAAUUGAAAUAGAAUCCGAAUCCCAACCCGAGCCCGAAUCUGAAUUCCAAACCGAAUCGGAACCUAUGGAAAUAGAAACACCAAUAUUAUCAAAUUUUGUUGUAAUGGAACAACAAGAUGACGAUCAUUUUGAGAAUGAUAAUAUAAUGAUAUCAGAAAAUGAUAAUAAUACUGUAGAAACAUUAACAAAUACUCAGGAAUCAUUGAAACAAGGGGAUGGAGAAGAAGAAACGAUAGAAGAAAGUAGAAAGAAGGAUAGUAAUCUUUCUGAAACAAAUGAUAUAAUAAGGCAUGAUCAUUUUUACGAUAAAACAAGAACGGAAGGAGAAUAUUGUAUAAAUCUUACCGGAAAUAAUGGAGAUAGUGAUAUUAUUUAUUCAACAACAACAACAACAAGGAUGAAAGUUUUACAAGAAGUCGAUGAUCAGAGGAGGAGACCUGUCGAACCUUAUGUUUCAAUGUUAACACAUUUGAAACCAUCAAGGAACUCGAAUCCUCAUGGAAUACUUUGUCCUUACGAGUUAAUGGGAACUUGCAACGACGGAGACUGUCGAUUUGUUCAUCAAUCUGUCAUCAUUUAUGAUCAAUCAAUGGAAGACAAGACGUUAAAAGAAACACAAGACUGUAUUGAUCUAGACGCGGUGCAUUUUGAUCACCCAAGUAGAAGCAACGCCUGAAGAUGGUAAGUUUGUUGUCCCUCUCAUGAUGUGGAAGGAGUUUUUUUGCACAAAAAUUAAUUGCCAUUUUAACGUAUAAGAAAAUUCGUAUCUAUAAUAGAACAGAAAAAAAAAAGAAAAAAAAAACAAGUAAUAUAUUUACCGUCUAAUUUCAAGUGUCUCUGUUAAUAUUAUAUAUUAUGCAUAGAUAUAGGGGAAAAAAAAAAAAAA